AACCGGGGUUAUUUAUAAUGCUUCAUUUUUGUAUGUGUAACUCUAGUUGGGCGCAAGCUGAAUAGCAACGGAACUUAACGGAUUUAAACACAUUCCACCGAGAAACUAAUUUGGAACGAGAAACAUGGAAGUUCAAGAAACAACCACAAAACCGGGAAAAUCAAACCGUUUUUGUUUCUGUGCCUUUAUCUCAACGUUUAUCCUAUUGGCUAUUUUGAUAAUACUAGUUUCGGCUGUUUUACAUAAAAUUCACUCUCAAGGACCAACACCAUCAUCUUUCAUACCAAGUAGAGGUGCAACCGUGAACGAGCGAUUUCCAGGCUAUUUCAGGACUAAAAAACAACAAGAGAAUUUCGAAAAGGAGAACCGAUUCGUCCACACGGGCUGUUGUAAUUCGGACCCGCAUUACGUUUCCCCUACCUAUUGGGUUGAUUCGGAAGAUGUCAACAGAACUAUUGCACAGUUUGAUGGACAUCAACAAUAUUUUCUACAAGAAUCUUGCAUACAGAUUGCAAAUUGUUUGUCAUGUAGAUGCCAAACAUUGCCAUAUUUAGUUACGGCCGUCUACGUUGUCGCAGUAGAUUCAUACGAUGUCGGCUGGUUUGAUCUCGGUUCGUGUUGUAAAUGCAUCAACAGUUGAUUUCCAUGUGUAAGGCCCAGACUCCCUUUUCUGUAGUUGCGCAAAUAGCAAGAAAACGACGUCGACAUGGCUCAUUAUGUGCAUAUGUAGAUAGUAUGUCAAGUACUACGGAUCGCGCACACGCAUACGGAUGCGUAUACGCCUACGCCUAGCGCCUAGCGGACAAAAGGAGUCUGAGCGUAAUUCUGUUUGUAGUAGACCUAUACUAUGCUGUUUGUGGGGAAAACUCUACAUAAAACGCCGGGUUAGAUCGUAUUCUUCAGUCAAAUACAUUGAAUUGCAGCUUUGG